AUGUUUGGCUCUUCUGUGGCUGCCUUCUUGGCUACCUUCUGGCUGCUCGCCUCGAUGCUUCUCGACAUCGGCACCACCUCAAACCUUUUCCGCGCGACGCUUACCCUCUUUAUGCUUGCAACCUCGUAUUUCCUGUCGUCGUACUCGCACCUGUCGUCGUACGCUUGCAAAACACGGGACGAUCGGUGUCUGUCCAUGCAGACCGAACUCGAUGCUACAAAAGAGGACGCGGCGGAAGAACGCGUGUCCAUGCAGGCCAAGCUUGAUACGAAGAACGUGGCGGAAGAACGCGUGUCCAUGCAGGCCAAGCUUGAUACGAAGAACGUGGCGGAAGAACGCGUGUCCAUGCAGGCCGAGCUCGACGCGGCAAAGAAGAAUGCGGCGGAAGAACGGCGAAGAACGCCCUAA